AUGCACAUUUUAAAGGCUAUAGUAGCUUUGCUACUUCCACAGCUGGGAUUGAGUCUAGCCACGCCCAAACCAGGGAAUGAAACUGCUGGGUAUGUUCCAGGGACGUCAAGUCAUUAUGCCAAAGUCAGAGAUCAAACGUAUCACUAUCUUCUCGCCGAGCCUACCUCUUCCCAGAAAGGGACCAUCUUUCUAUUGCACGGGAUACCGGAUCUUUCGUAUGGCUGGCGCUAUCAGAUUCCUUCUCUUGCAAAGCUUGGCUAUCGCGUGGUUGCUCCGGACAUGUUGGGCUACGCAGGUACUGAUUCCCCUUGCUCCGUCACUCACUGGGCUCGCAAGGAACUUGCAGCCGAUAUAGCCGACCUCAUAGGACAGCUCGUGCCCAAAGGGGAACAAGUCAUCGUCGGUGGGCAUGACUGGGGUGCUGGCCUGACCUACAAAGUUGCUCUCUGGCACCCCGGGCUUGUCAAAGCAUUCUUCACCAUCGCCAUUCCCUACAUCCCUCUUUGGCUGGGCCCUACAAAGGAUUGGGUUGAUAUGUUAGAUCUUGUGCAAAAUGGCACUUUCCCGACAAUGGGAUACCAACUACAAUUUCGUAAUGAAGCCUUGGAGCGCAACGUUACGAGCCUGAGCCAGAUCCGGUCAUUCCUCAAUGGCGUCUAUGGUGGCACGACAUCGGACGGGAAAGGCGCCUUCUCUCCUCAGAAUGGGGUUGAUUUCGAUAUUCUCGAUCAGUUAGGCCCCAGCCCAUUAGUGUCCAGUGAAGACAUAGACUUUUACGCCAAAAGGUUUCAUAUCAAUGGCAUGCGGGGCCCCUUCAACUGGUAUCGGACCAGAAGGAUGGAUUGGGAGGACGAGCUGCCAUUCUUCAAGAAUGGCCCAAUCAAGUAUAAAAUGCCCGUUCUCUUCAUGCCCGCGACCAAGGAGCCAGAUACUAUGCCGCCAGAUAUUUGGACCGACAUGGGCGACUAUUUUGAGUCGUUGAAGAUUCAAGAAUUGGACUCAAAUCACUUCGCACACUGGGAGGCUGCCGACAAAGUCAACGAGGCCCUUGCAACUUGGCUGCCAACGUUGCAAUAG